CUUUUUAAUACUCUAACCUUGUCUAUUGUCACUUCCCAGACAGCUGUCAGCUGUCUUUCCAGUCUUUUGUUGUCAAAAUUAAUGUCAAAUCAAAAUUGUAAACGUUUGGUACACGUGCUUUGUUUGGUUUUCUUUUCAAUUCAAAUACUUAUAUAAAAAUGUAUUUAAUGUAUUAUUUAAACGAAGCUGGAGAACGUAUAUAUACGUUGAAGAAAUUAGACCUACAUGGAAAGCCAACAUUAUCAGCACAUCCAGCUCGAUUUUCUCCCGAAGAUAAAUAUUCAAAGGAGAGAAUUAUUCUGAAAACCAGAUAUAAUUUAAUGAUGACUCAAAAAGCUCCACCUGUUUAUUAAUGGAUUAUUAUAUUUUUUGAAAUUAUAGAUGUAAUAAUUAGUUUUAUUCAACUGGGUUACAAAUAAUCUUUGGCCCUGUUUUUUUUUAUUAAAAUGUAAACACUUA